GGAAAAGCUAAGUCCAUGAUUUAUUAAACCAUUAGAAGAUUUCUAGAUCGAGCUUUGUAAUUCACAAUGUUGUUUCGUAUUUCUAUGUUGAGAAGAUAAUGAUAGUAAACAUUAUGUGGCAAAAUUAUAGGCUUCAAGUAAAUAUAAAAUCUAAAAAUAUAACUUGGGAAGAUAAUUAAUUUAAGUCUUUAAAGUCAAUUGAGAUAUGCUCGAUUUGCUUUUCAGAUAUGUGUAUAUACGUGUGCAGUGCAGUGAAAAAAAAAGGAGAAAAAAAACGAAAAGUAGAUUCACGCUACUCUCACUCCCCGACACACUCUCAUUCACGCAGACCACCCAACCAACCCUCGUGCACUCUCUCUCUCUCAGUGGCACACGUCUGCCGCCGCCCCCAGCUCCGAUCACCACACGUCCGCCGGCCAGCCCCACCGCCGUCUCCGUCUGCCGCUCGCCAGGGUUGCCGCGCCCAGUAAGUCUCGCCGGUUUUCUCUCUCUCUCUGUAAGUUUUGUUCACUGCCAACAGCCGAGCACCGCCGCCGCACUACCCAACAGCCGCGCUGCCAGUCACGACCCCCAUCCAGCUCUCUGUCGCUGCCGUCUGCCGCCGCCGCUCGCUGGAUUCUUAGUUUUUGGAUUCCAGUUAGUGUAUCGCAAGAGACCUAUGAACAUUCCAGGUUCACAUGAGGAGGAAGAUGAUCACGGUGAGGUCUUCCUUGAUGAAGCUGACAUAAUCCAUGAAGUUCCGGUUGAUGAGGAAGAUCUUCCUGAUGCUGUUGAAGAAGAAGGCUCUGAUGAUGAAUAUUUUGAUGAGGCUGAUGAUUCAGUUCAUACUUUUACUGGCCAUACCGGUGAGGUUUACACUGUGGUUUGUAGUCCAAUAGAUGACACAUUAGUUGCGACAGGUGGUGGAGAUGACAAAGGAUUUAUAUGGAAGAUUGGCCGAGGAGAUUUUGCACAGGAGCUAACUGGUCACAAGGAUUCCGUGUCUAGCCUAGCAUUUAGUGCAGAUGGACAACUACUUGCAUCAGGGAGUCUUGAUGGACUUAUCCAAAUUUGGGAUACUUCAUCCGGGAGUCUUAAAUGCACACUUGAAGGCCCUGGAGGGGGAAUUGAGUGGGUAAGGUGGCAUCCAAGAGGACAUCUGGUUUUGGCUGGUUCUGAAGAUUCCACCGCAUGGAUGUGGAAUGCUGAUAGAGGUGUUUAUCUUAAUAUAUUUUCUGGUCAUGGUGCUAGUGUUACAUGCGGCGAUUUUACUCCGGAUGGUAAAACGAUAUGCACAGGUUCUGAUGAUGCAACAAUGAGGAUAUGGAAUCCGAGAAGUGGUGAAAAUAUUCAUGUUGUGAGGGGUCAUCCCUAUCAUACUGAAGGAUUGACUUCUCUAGCACUUACUUCUGAUUCAACCCUUGCUCUUACUGGUUCAAAAGAUGGUUCUGUUCAUAUCGUGAACAUAGCAACCGGAAAGGUGGUGAAUUCUCUGGUUUCCCAUUCAGAUUCAAUUGAAUGCAUCGGUCUAGCACCAAGCUCCCCUUGGGCUGCAACUGGAGGAAUGGAUCAGAAGCUCAUCAUUUGGGAUCUUCAACAAUCAACGCCACGCAGUACAUGCGAGCACGAGGAUGGAGUAACAUGUCUUACUUGGAUUGGCACGUCGAGAUACCUUGCAACUGGUUGUGUUGAUGGUCGAGUACGAAUAUGGGAUAGCCUCUCUGGAGAAUGUGUAAGAACCUUCACCGGGCACUCCGAUGCCAUCCAAUCUCUCACGGUGUCUGCCAACCAUGAGUACCUUGUUUCUGUUGCUCUUGAUAGUACAGCUCGGAUUUUUGAGAUUGCAGAGUAUCAUUGAGCAAGUAGGAUCUUCAUAUUUGAAGAAUGUCAAAAGUCUUGAUUCCCAUUGUUGAUUCCUAAUUAUACAAGUUUAUACCAUCGCAUGAGUUUGUCUAUACAAGCAAUUGUAUGUUUAUUCUUGUCCGUGUGGUUGUGUAUUGUCUUUUUCUCUGGAUGUUUAGUCUUUUAAGUUAAAGAACCUAGGACUUUUUAAGUAAUGGACAAUGUAAAAUUUUGAAUAAAAAUACUUAAAAUUAUUAAGUACGAGAUUUUGUGGCAUAAA